AUGCCCUUCUUCAAAGAAUUGCGCAGACGAUCAAGAGCUAGUUUUCGUACCUCGGAUUCGUCUACCGGGUCCAGCAGCACAGUCCCAACGGCAAAAUCAUCAUCCACCCUCAAUUCUGCUCAAGGAAGUGCCACUCCUCCCUCAACAUACCAUGCCAAUGGCUCAGCAUCCAACGUCGUUGCUGCAGCAAAGAGCAACGGUGACGCUCCUCCCCCAAUCCCGCAACGUCCCAAUGUGACAGUCCCCAAUUCCAAUCGGAACAGCAUGAUGACUCUGUCACCCUCCGGUUCGAACCUCACUAUGCGAAGUCCACUUCCCACCUCCGCUUAUGCCCCCAAAAUUACAUCUAUACUUGACAACUCAGUGGUCUAUCACAAAGUCUUGCUCAUAAAUGGAGAAAUCGGCGAGCCUCAGUCCAGGUUGUUAGACGGUAACUUGACAGUGCACCACGACAAGGAUGGCCAGUCAUUCCCGCCAACGAAUUGGCCUGUUUCCGAUUCUUAUUUCAAGGCCUUGGUCUUUCUGUCACCUGGAUGGAACAGACUUCGAUUUGAUUUUGCAUCCCCGAAGCUAAGCUCAGCACCCAACGGGUCCAACCCUACAUUGCAUUCAUCCUACAUCAUGUUGAACUACCUCCCCCUAAGUAGUGCGCCUCCGCUGCAGUUAGUAAUACUGGCAGGCAAGGAUUCUCCCUGCACAUACGAUGCCGUCCCACAAAGGAUCCAAAACGAAGGCAACGAUCUUAGCAUGGCAGUUCGCAAGUUCCGAAUGGCCGCACAUCUAUGGCAAACGUUUACCGCCGAACAAAUGUACCGAAACAAAUUCGGCCGAAGGUGUUUCCGAUUCGACGAGGAAUGGCAGACCGGCACUCUUUCUUUGCGUGACUGGGAAUCGGGGCGAAUGAGGAAUGAAACAAGAGUUCAUGUAGUACGAUCGGACAAGACUACUGCCGAGUUACGAGACUUGGAGUUUGCACAACAACACGGACCUGCUUCCAAGAAGGGUGAACUUUAUUCAAUCGCUGCGGAAGCAGUCAAAAAACAUUUCAACGUGAAGCCCGGGCAGAAGCAAUACGUAGCAUGCCUCCUCUUGGACUCUCACUGGGACCCAGAAGCCGGCACUAUCACGGGCCACGCUGCACUGGGCGGGACUGGCGAUGAUCUUGCUUUAGCCAUUUUCGGCUCACAUGCCCUUCAGAGCUACCCAGCGUGUAUUGAAGAGGUCGUCCCUGCAUUUGUGGACUGCACCAGGACCGACACGAAAUAUGUGGCCAAUGAUUGCAACGAAUCUGGCAGCAGUUGGGAAGCAGCCAAUAUUGGUAUUGGUGCGCAUAUGCAUGAAGUUGGGCAUUUGUUCGGCUGCCCUCACCAAGAAAGCGGAGUGAUGCUUAGGGACUAUGUCCGUCUCAACCGGACCUUCCUCGUUCGAGAACCAUACGCAACAAGAACACAAUCUCAAGGUCUCAAGAUUUGCCGGCAAGAAGACGAGUGUGCCUGGCAUCGACUGGAUGUUCUCCGAUUCAGACACCAUCCUUGCUUCAAGCUUCCAAGUGACGAGCCACUCUCUCAGGACGACAGCAUCCAAUACUUCCCAAUCGAUAAUGGACGGCUCAUUAUUUCGGCACCCACUGGAGUGUCAUUUGUCGAAAUAUGGACAGAAGGAGACGAUUUAUGCCGUCACUGGAUCGAUUUUACGAGCAGCGACCCUAGAAAUAAUAACAUCCCUAGGCAGGUGACUCUGACAGAAAGCGAGUUACGAGGCCGGUUGCCCGAGGACAAAAGAAAGGCCAAGGUCACACUACAAGUCUUCUGUGGUAGCUCCAGAAGUGAGAAAAUCGAGGACCUUGAAGAUAUUCUUUCCAGGAAAAAUGUCAUCACCCUUCCGGCUUCACUUGACUCACGCCUUGGUUUCAAAAGUAAAAAGCUGGGGUUUUCGCAGCUCGAAGGAAGUACGCCGGAGGAUCUGAUUCUGGAGAGUACCUUUCUCCAAUCAAAACUCUUGACGUCAGUCAAAGUAUACCAUGGUUACGCUCUUGACGGGAUCGAAUUUUGUUACGAGGAUGGCCAUAGUCAAUUGUUUGGCAAACGAGGUGGCAAGCCGGGGGGCGAUGAGUUUUUGCUUGACACUCGUCGUGGAGAGACAAUCCUCGGUUUUUAUGUACGGGCUGGGCUCUGGCUUGAUGGCAUCGAUAUUUUGACGAGCGCUGGGCGGCGGUCUGGAGUUUUUGGGAACCCCACCGGAGGUUCUGGGCACACUUUGAUGGCUCCCAGGGGGUAUAGCCUUGCCGGAAUAUCAGGCACGUCAGCGGCCUGGAUAGACGGGUUUCAGAUCAUAAUUACACGAUAA